CACCGAGGUUUGAGGCUGUCCGAAGUUCUAAUGUGACUGCCUGGCUUCCUAGCAGCUGGAUCCAAGACUGUGGACAUUUGUAUUUUUCAAGUUAACAAUGUGUGGAGUAGUGUCAGCAGAGUUGCAAAACCUUACUGCUGGCAAUUUUGAGAACUCUCUGGCCUCUGAUGAAGUAUUGGUUCACUUCUUCAAUGAUUUCUUAAAUCUGCCGUCCUUCCCAGAGGCCUUACAGUACGACCCUCAGACAGGGCAGUUUGAGCUGGUGGACGGGGCGGCUGACUUUGUCUCCAGAAGGAUCCGAUCUGUCCUGCACAGCAGCAAAUCACAGCUCCUCACCGGAGACCCCACAGCGCCGCCCAGAACCCCUCCAGUGGACAACCGCUACACUGUCCGUUGCCUGGACCGAGAGCAAGGAAUCCAGUGGAUCAUCAAAGAAAGAUUACCUUUUUUUCUUCUCAGUGAUUGCUACAGUGAAUACAGACUAGCCAAGUUGUUGUUUGGGUGGAGCCCAGUCUUGUGUAUCCACAGGAGGAAAGGCGGUUCAGGUGGAGCCCCCAUGUCAGCCCCACAGCUGCGUUGUUCAGCCCAAACUGACCAGGAAAGCAAAAAAGCUCUUAAGGUCCUAACAUGCUCACAUUCUCAAAACAACAGUUCAGUAAAAGAAGGGUCAAUGAGGAUGCUCAAUGUUACAUGUCUAUGCUCUGACCACAUGGAACAUCUCAACACACAAUGCAGUGUAACAUUCAGAUGUUCUGAGCAGGAGAACAUAUGUACGUUUUCUUCUUGUUCCUCCUCUAGUCUUCAACGUGGGAAAACCCCAAUCCUCCAGGGCACACACACAGAGUUGAGCCUGCACGCUAGAGAGGAGACACUUCUGAAAGAGUCUUCUGAAGUGCAGCUGGAGGAAGUAGCAGCCACAGUGGUUAAACAGGUGCUGAACAAUGCACUGAGCCAGACAGACACUUCUGAUUGUUGGAGCACGUCAGGAGAGCAGACACGUCGUAACAGCACACACAGAUCCUGUGAACGUAGAGCUUGCAUUCAGCAUUUGGCUGAUGGGGGCACAAACAGGUUGGGGGGGGGGGAAGAGAAACUUCAAGAAGGCAAAAAGAAGAGCGGAGGGGAAGAAAAGACAAAGUGGCCUAAGAAGAAUAGAGAGGUAGGGAGAAGAGACAGAGACCAGGAAAAUAUCCAUGAUAAUUGUUGCCAGGGUACCUGUUGCCGUGGCAAUAGACAAGGCGUUGAUGAGUUAAAGGAGUUUUUGCGAGGAACGUCAGGAGAGAAGCUGCUUAAUCUCUGGAUGGAUAUAGAGAGACUGAAAGCUCCCCAGAACAGAGAGCGGAAGAACAGGUAUUUGGUCCUCAUGAGGAGCAGGCACCUGGUGAGCAGCAGCCUCUCUGUGGAGCUGCUCUCCAGGCUGGGACUCACCACCUCCCCCUGCUGGACGGAGGACAGGCUGCACUCCGUCCAGCCCCCCCUCACAGAGGCUCUGCUCCACUACUGGGUCCCUCGGUUCUGGACGUCCCACUGUGCCCGGGCAGAAUAUGAAGACCCCCCUCCCCUGGAGCUGUGGACAGCCUGCGGUGUUAGCCCUCUGUCAGACACACAGCCCCAUCAUGGUUCCACCACCAUGACCCCCUCCCCCCAUUCCGUCCAUACUCAGUUAUAUUCUGGCAGAAGUCAGUUACUGGACAGCAGAAGAAUGGAAAAGAUGAUCCAGGCUUUAAGUGCUGACUCGUGUGCCGGCUUAUACUUCACAAACUUCUGUGAACAAUCUGGAAACCAGCUGUGGGAGAAUGCGGUUUACUUUUGGACUGACCUGCAGCACUACCAUGAGCUGUUCUAUCAGGACGGACUGGACCAUUACAGAGUGCAGAGGGAAGCACAGCUCCUUUACUCCACCUAUCUCUUCAGCUCUGCCAGGAGGAGUAUUGGUGUUGAUGAGGAGAUCAGAACAGAGGUGUAUGACCAGCUCAUGCCUGCUUUUGAGGAAGUGUUUGACAGGGUUGAGGAACACACACUAAACAUCCUGCUGGAGCCAUGGACGCUGCUGCUCAGCAGGGACAAAGAGUCUUUUCAGAAGGUCUUAAUGCAGGACGAGGUGCGUCGAGUGGACAGUCAGGAGUACAGGGACCUGCAGAGUCUGUACGAAGAGUCAGAGUUCCGCCUGAAACAGGUGGAGCAGUCCCAGUCCAUCUUAUUUCCUUCUCCUAUUAACCCUUCAACUCCCUUCACAAAGGGCGCCCAUGCGCCUAAUUCUUGGUCCCAAGUGUCUCCAAAUCUUAAAGGCUACCGUCUGGGUUCCUUACUCCGUCACCACCAUGAGAUAGGACACUUUAUGUCCUUCCUACAGAAUCACGAUGCUAGUAUCCAUCUGACAUGCUGGCUGGAUCUGGAGCAGUACAGAAGGACUGCUCAGAGAGACAUGGCUGUCAGACAGGAGGGGUCGUCUCAUAUUGCUACCAAAUACCUCAACAGGAAAUACUUCUUUGGCUCCGACAGCCCCGCCUCCUCAGAGCAACAGAAUGAUUUACUGCGUCAGGCAGGUGGACUGGAGCGUCUGAAGCUGGAAUGUCUCUCAGAUCCUGUGGUUGUGCAGAUCCAAGCCAUCAUCAGGAGUCACAUGGAGAAAACCUGGCUGCCUCUGUUUCUGUCCACAGCAGAGUUCACAGAGCGACUGAGAAACCAACCAAAGCCCCAAACAGCUGGCAGGCCCUCGCAGGCCGUCUACCGUGAGGCCAGGAGGAGGAAAGAAGCCUGGGAGGCGGUGGGCUCGUGGAUGAGUUCCUCCAAGGAGAUCCUGCUCUUUCGACAGACCCUCCUCCACCCCGACACCUGUGUGCGGUUCCAGCACUUUGCAUCUCUGAAGGGAGACUUCCUAGAAAAUGAUGUGCUCUUUUGGCUAGAGGUGCAGAGAUACAAGGACCUCUGCCACUCCCACAGUGACGAGGCCACCAUCCAGCAGAAGAUCUCCACCAUCAUAAACUGUUUCAUCAACUCAUCCAUGCCCCCCGCCCUGCAGAUAGACAUCCCUCCUGAGCAGGCCCAGUACAUUCUGGAGAGACGCCAGCAGCUGGGUCCUUACAUCUUCAGAGAGGCACAGAGGUCAGUGUUCAGUGCCCUGCUGAAGUUAUGGCCGGAGUUUCAAGAGCUAAGCAGCAGUGUCCAAGAAGAGCAACUUCUUCCUCUACUGCAGGAGAGACGGGUCCAACACAGCGCCACAGUCAGGAGGCAGAGGAGAAAAGAGGAGGAAGAGGAAGAGAGGAAGAGAUCUCAGGAAGAGUUGGAGAGACCAGAGUCCAGUUUUAGAGAGGAGGAAGAGACAGACGAUGAAGAUGAUAUAGAAGAAGGACAAGAGAGAAGAAAUGUAACAAAAGAGUGGAGGACACAGAGCAGGGUGCUGCUGACUCCCACACAGCUGUUGUCGUGGUCCUACUCCAAGUACAUGGCAGCUCUGAGGAGAGAGGAGGUGCUGCUGAGGAGACAGAGUCAGCUGGGAGCCUCAAUCCCUGCCUCAGGGUCGUCCUCCGCCUGCAGUGUCCGGUCAGCAGCCAGGACACGCCCCUCCAGAACAGACAGUACACAGUGUGACAGAUAGAUGUAAAUUGAAAUGAAGAGUGAAAUGACCAGAUGUAAACACAUACAAGCCUCUCAAACACAACUGGCUCACGUGUUACUGCACAGGGUGUGAAGAACAUGAAAUGAAACCAAAGACUUGAUGGCGUAUUGCUCUGACACUGACGGAGAGGGUGCUGUUAUAAGAGCAUGAGGAUUGAAAGCUGAGAGCAGAACUGAUACUGAUAUCUUAGUAGUUUGAUGCUGGAUUGACUUAUGUAAGAAGAUCAGUUAGAAACCUGUGUGCAAAACAUCGACUAACUACUAACUUUAGUUAUGCCUGGCUGCACAUCCAUCAUUUAUAAUAUUUCCCAGUUUCUUCUUGACUUUUUCUUAGUAUACAAUGACAGAAUAACACUUCAUUAUUUCAAUGUUUUUAUUAAAUGAUUUUCUAUUCAUAUAUUAUCCAUGUACAUACAUAAAAAGCAUUAGACACAAUUCUCACUCAGAGUUCAGUGGAUCAACAAUAUAAAAGGCAACAAUGAUGAGUUGGCAUCCACGUAAGUUUACAAAGAACAUUGUUAUUGUCAAACAAGUAUGUGACAUCAUCUAUAAAAACAUUUUGGUUGACAGCUGGGAUCUCUAACAUCCUUCAACAUUUCUAUAAUAUUGCACUUAACAUUGGCAUGAGACAGUAAACACUCAUUGUGCAGAGUGAAACAUUGCACACUGAAGAGGUUUCACAAUGCGCCCUGUUUUCAAGUUGGCGCAACUCUUCUUUGUUUUAGUGUUCACUAUACUGUAGUAUGAGCUCAUUGAAAUGUCCCAGUUUAAGAAAUGUAUUUCUAUGAUUAAAACUGUUUUUAACCCUU